AUGUCUGUUCCAUUGACGCACGACUGGUCCGCCGAGAACUGGGACUGGCCCCUCCAACACAACGACGGUGUCGUCAAGGUCCACAACACCAGCGACAAAUGGGAAGUCGGACUCGAUGCUUCUUUCUUCACCCCAAAGGAAAUCGAAGUAGGUUUUGUCAUAAGAUUUAAAGUUUAACAAUUACUGUAGUCCAAUAAAGUGAUGGCACAACGUAAAAUAUUAGCCCAGGCCUCAAGAUAAAGCUGUUUUAGUUCAAAUUUGAAUUUUAAAAUCAUAUUUAUUACGUAGAAGUUGAAGAAUUUUUGUCAUUUUGUGGCUAGGUUACUGUUUGAGGAGUUACAGUGCUGUAUACAUUUGUUAUAUGAGUUUACAGAAGUUAACAGAACGGCUAAACUAACUUGACAUAGCCCGCUUAAAAAUGUUGUACAGUUUUACAGUGACUUUAAUGCAAGAUAAAACCAUAUUAAAACAAUAUCUACGUCACAGUAACACUAAAAUUACUACUUACUUAAACGUUACUAUGUAUAUAGAUCCCAAAGUAAAAUACCUUACUCUAUAAAUGACCUCUCUAAUGGCAAUCUUUGUAGGUCAAAGUUGUUGGUGACACUUUGAGCAUCCACUGUGUUCACGAGGAGCGCAAGGACACCCAUGGUGCCGUCAAGCGUGAGGUUAACCGUUCCUACCAUCUGCCAAGCGAUGUCGACCCAUCCACCUUGAAGUCCCACCUCACGACUCGUGGAGUUCUCCAGAUCACCGCCGACAAGAAACACUAA